UCCAGAGGAACCGAUGGCCGACGACCAGCUUCCCAAAGUUACAAUCCAGAGGAUGUGAGGGAUGAAGUCCACCUCCGGCCGAAAUUCUCCUCUGAUCGUACCGUCAACGAACAUGAAUAUCUUGCUGGCGUUCUUUCUACUAUACUUGGCAAAAGUAAAUCUGGGACAAAGUAUAAGUUCACAGCCCAACUAUGUUCUUAUCAUGGCUGAUGACCUUGGUAUUGGAGACCUGGGAUGUUAUGGAAACACCACGCUGAGAACACCCCAUAUAGACAGCCUGGCACAGGAUGGAAUAACGCUGACCCAGCACAUAGCUGCAUCCGCAUUAUGUACCCCAAGCAGAGCUGCUGUUCUGACCGGCCGGUAUCCAAUCAGGUCAGGAAUGACCAGCUUCCAAAGAUUAGGAGUCUACAUUUUUGCAGCUGGGUCAGGCGGACUUCCUACGAAUGAGACAACCUUCGUCAAGCUGUUGAAAGAGCAAGGUUAUUCCACUGGGCUUGUUGGUAAGAGGCUGGCGGUUCCUCUUGACAAAAACUCAGACCGUCCGUUCCUGCUCUUUAUGUCUUUCAUACCUGUCCACACAGCACUAUAUGCAUCUCCAGAAUUUUUAGGAAAAAGUAAGCAUGGCUUGUAUGGUGACAGUGUGGAGGAGAUGGACUGGAGCGUAGGACAAAUCUUGGCUUCCUUGGAAAGGCUUAAUCUAAGCAACAGAACUCUGGUUUACUUCACCUCAGACCAAGGGGCCCAUGUUGAAGAGAUUUCUGACAGUGGAGAGGUCCAUGGAGGAUGGAAUGGUAUCUACAAGGGCGGAAAAUCAACAAACUGGGAAGGUGGCAUCCGGGUGCCCGGACUCCUCCGAUGGCCCGGAGUGUUAACAGCGGGCAGGAGCAUUGAUGAGCCUACCAGCAACAUGGAUCUCUUCCCGACGAUUGUCAAACUCUCAGAAGCCACGAUGCCAAGAGACCGGAUAAUCGAUGGCCAGGACCUGAUGCCUCUGUUACUAGGUGAAGUACAGCAGUCGGGACAUGAGUUUCUCUUCCACUACUGUAAUAGUUACUUAAGUGCAGUUCGCUGGCAUCCAAGGCACAGUUCCUCUAUAUGGAAAGCUCACUUCUUCACACCAAACUUCUAUCCAGAGGGGACUCAGGGUUGCUUCGACACACAUGUUUGCUUGUGCUACGGAGACUUCAUCAGUCAUCACGACCCCCCUUUGCUCUACGACCUCUUGAGGGACCCAUCAGAAUCAUUGCCAUUGACACCUAGCUCAGAAUCCCAAUAUCACCAGAUACUGGAAGUGAUGCAGAAGGCUGUAAGCAAGCACCAGGAGACACUGACCCCGGUGCCCGAUCAGUUAUCACUAAAUAAUGUGAUUUGGAAGCCUUGGCUCCAACCAUGCUGCAGCACCAUAUGGAAGCACUGUAAUUGUGAUAAAGAAAGGAACAGAAGCACAGCUUUGGAUUGAACAAUGGAUUAGAUACAACUCCCUCAUCUGAGGCCUGAGGAAAGAAGUGCAUUUGGGAUAGCUGUAUUUUUCUUUCCUUCUCUCAUUGUUUGUUAUGUACACUCUUUCCUCCCCUCUUUUCUUUAUUUUUGCUUUCUUUCUCUCUUUCUGUCUCUCGUGCUCUUUCUCCCACUCUCUUUCUCUCACUGUCUCUCUCUCACUCACUCUGUCUCCUCUAACAUGGACACACUCUCUCUGUCCUUCUUUACAAACAUUCUAUCUCUCUCAUUCCCCUGUCAUGACAUUUGUUUGGAGUGAUAUACUGGCAGUGACCUGUUGCUGUUGAAAUGAGAAUGAUACACCCAUGCUUCACUGAGUGCUGUACCAAAUUCAGGUUAAUGCAGGGUUGGAGAAAAUUUUCUGUAAAUCUAACAGUCCCCCAAAUCCAAUUUGGAAGUAUUUGACAUGUUUGAAGAUGACAGAAUGCUGUUCUCAAUCUAGUUCUUGUUUUUAAAUCCCUCCAUGAGUUUGGCCACUUAGCAGCUACUGUUCUCCAGUUCUACGUAGCUUCAAAGUCCACCCCUGACAUUCUCCCAGGUAAGAUGACUUGAGCCUUCAACUGCCUGACUCCUCUCCAAGAAUUCCGUCAGUACAGUCUUUCUAUCUCUGUUCUCUGCUUCUAAAUGCUUCCUCAACAGCGAAUUAUUUAACUGAACACUUAGUCUCUCCUCCUAAUGUCUCCUUUCCUCGCUCAGUAACUGUUUUCAAUAUGUCACCUGUAAAGCACCUUGGGACUUUAUGACAGAUUUAAGUCCAUUAAUUGUGGCUAUUGACAUUCUUUUAUUAAUGAACACAAAAUCUGCAAUACUGUAAAUAGGAAAAAGUCUGAUUCCAGUUUCAACACGUGCUGCCGAGCAGGGUUGUGAUAAUUAUUGAUAACAUCUAUCCAGUCUAUAUUGAGAUGUGUUGACCUUAGUUCAGGCAUUGAUAUACAUAUAUACAUAAUAUAUAUCACCUAUAUUAAUCAUUCCUUUACUAUGCAAAAAAAUGAAAAGGGAGAGAAGCCCAUUCGUAUCCUGAUGGUUUUGUUCUGAUCUCAGGGAGGAGUUGGGCUUUCACAAGCACUCGCCUAAUCAACAAGAGAAAAUCUUGAUCUUCUACUGACUUCAGCAUUUAGAGAAGACCAACAGACAUCAACGUCAGGAUGUGCUAUAAUAGCAGCAAGCUGUAUCUCAUGGCCUGAGAGGGGUAUUACACAGAGAAGCAUCUCAGCAAUCUCUAUGACUAUAUAACUGACUAAUACCUCAUGCACUGCAUGGUGUUGCAACAUGUCUCCUAGCAGCAAAACCACAGGAGGUCUGCCACUGAACAGAUUUUGCAUAUGUCCAGUGUCCUAUAGGAAAAAUUGGGAUUUCAGAAUUGGUUGUACAAAGUGAAAUUAAGACUUGCAUUUAUAUAGGCGCAUUUCAUGACCUCAGGUUGUCUCAAAGUGCUUCGCAGCCAUGGAGAUCCUGCUGAAGUGCAGGCACCGUUGUAAUGUAGGAAAUCAACGGAGUUGCAUUAAAGAUAGGGUUACAAGCAAAAACAAUCAUGGCCACUUAGGAUCAUUUGAACCGGUUUUAUUUUUAAGGAAGUUAUUGAGACAUUUCAGAGAAGCAAGCAGUCGCUCAGUCCUUCCUAACUCUCUAAACAUGACUCGGUUGUUAAGAUUUGUUUUAUAUAUACAAUGUCCUCAGAUAUAAAGUGUGAUUGCUAAUGUUGGAAUAGAUAUUUUACAAAAGGGAUUUUCAAAUAAAAAGACACAGAUACGUAUGGA